AUGGAACCACAACAUCUCGGUCUAGCAAUGAUACAUCAACACGAUCAGAUUGGCCCGAUUCGCCAAAUUCGUCCAGGUCUCCGCCUCGAUUCGGUCGAUGAUCGUCCAAUUCCGCUACAUCUCGGGGGCUUCGCAUCACAUCCAUUGGCUGGCCUACUUGGGCACUGUGCCACUACCAGAACAUGGGGUCUACACGGUUUUGAGCUGCCGCCCGACCCAAAACUUGAACUUUUGUUGCCGCGGGGUGAUAAGAGACCUAUUCAGGAUUUCUUGAACAAGAAUAAGAGUGGUGCACUGAAAAGUGUCAAACCUCUUGGAAUUCGUACCCUCGAUGAGAAGUCAAAAAUCGGCGCCCACAACAAACCAGUCGUUUUUCUUCAUCCAAAAGAUUGUGGCGGAGUGCUGGUCGAAUUGGAGCAGGAA